UCAUACCACUAAAUCUGGACUAAACCAGGACUAAAUCUGGACUAAAUCUGGACUAAACCUGGAUUAAAUCGAGUCCAAAACUCUUGAACUAUCCUUGACCCACUUCUCUGCUCCAAUCCUUCUGUUCUGACGCUCUGUGGUGGUGGACCUCCAUGGCCCUGGUGCUGCAGAUCGUUGGCCUGGUUUUGGGGCUCCUCUCGUGGGGACUCACCUCCAGCUGCACCUCCUCUCACCACUGGAAGGUGAAGAGUCAGAUGGAGUCCGUGAGCACCUCCCAGUGGACAUUUGAAGGACUGUGGAUGACCUGCGCCGCCUCCUCCACCGGGUCCAUCCAGUGCUCCAGGUUCAAGACAGUCCUAGGUCUGCCAGUCCAGGUGCAGGUCUGCAGAGGUCUCAUGAUCUUGGCUCUGGUCCUGGACUUGGUUUCAGCUCUGGUCUCGGCUCUGGGUCUGAAGUGCACCAGGUUCAGUGGACUCUCGGACCAGACCAAGACCCAGCUGACCCUGAGCGGAGGAGUGCUCUUCAUCCUCUCAGGUCUGUCGAGUCUGAUCGCUGUGUCUCUGUACGCCAGUCGAGUCAUUCAGGACUUUUACAACCCUGUGUACGGAGCAGUCAGGUUUGAGUUGGGGGCGGGGCUGUAUCAGGGCUGGUCUGGAGCAGGUCUGUCUUUGAUUGGCGGCUCUUUGCUCCUCUGCAGCCUCCUCAACAAGAGGCCUUCAGGACCGCAGUACUCGGUGAAGUUCACCUCAGAUACUCAGCAAAUCUACAGAGCUCCAUCAGAGACUAAAGCCUACGUCUGAACCAGGACUAAACCAGGACUGAACCAGGACUAAACCAGGACUGAACCAGGACUAUACCAGGUCUAAACCAGGACUAAACCAGGUCUAAACCAGGACUGAACCAGGACUGAACCAGGACUAUACCAGGUCUAAACCAGGACUAAACCAGGUCUAAACCAGGACUGAACCAGGACUGAACCAG